UGAAAGAAAUUUAAAUUUAGCCCAACAAAAAAUUGUUGAUCAAUUGCUUGAAGCUGGGGGAAUAUUUAAUUCUUUAGAAAAUAAUUUGGGUGGAGGAAAUGAUGAAUUGGGGCAAUUAAUGGCACAAUUAAUUAGUGGAAGCAAUAAUAGAAAUGAAACAGAAUUGCAAGCAGCACAGUUAGCUCAACAUUUAGUUGCUGCUACAACUGGAGGAAGUGGUGGUGGUGGUGAUGUUUUGUCCCCCUCAUCUUCUCAACAACAAAUCUCAUUACUUGACCAACUCCAUUUACUGCAAAUGUUGGGAGGUAAUAACAACGCUUUAGCAGAAUUAUUUUCUGGACAACAUUUUGCAACAUCUUCAGGUCACGAACAACAACUUUUUGGUAGUGGAGGUGGAGGAAGUGGAGGAAAAUUUACAAGUGGUGGUAGUCCAAACAAGGACGAUACUUAUUGUGAAAUUUGUAAUAAAAAUCUUUGCAAUCGCUACUUUUUAAAAAUACAUAUGAAUAAAAAACAUGGAAUUGGUGGCGAAAGAGUGGUCUCCAGUCAAGCUCGGAAACAGCAACUUUUUUAAU